AUGGCAGCUUCUUCUGAACUACAGAGCUUAGACCUGUUGAUAUCAAAAAACUUGUCAGGCAGUGAAUUGCAAGAGUAUAAUAGAAUACACUAUGGGCGCACCCAACAUAACGAGCUGAGCAUAAAGGAAAGUACCCAAGAAACUGCCAAGGAAAAUGGUUUUGAAAUAGCUUCUUAUGAUUUUCCUACUAAAAAGGAAGAAACUAGGAGUCCACGAAUAGUAAGAGUCGGUGUCAUUCAACAUUCAAUUGCGACAUCCACUGAUAAACCAUUGGUGGAGCAGAGACAAGGAAUUUUUGAAAAAAUACGCAAAAUCAUAGAAGCAGCUGGAGAGGAAGGUGUGAAUGUGCUUUGUUUACAAGAAGCAUGGAGCAUGCCAUUUGCUUUUUGCACAAGGGAGAAGCAGCCUUGGUGUGAAUUUGCUGAAUCUGCAGUAAAUGGACCCAGUACUCAAUUUUUAAAAGAUUUAGCCAUCAAAUAUGGGAUGGUCAUUGUAUCACCAAUUUUGGAAAGAGAUGAGAUACAUGGAGACACCAUCUGGAAUACUGCUGUUGUCAUUAAUGAAGUAGGAAAGGUGAUAGGAAAGCAUCGCAAGAACCAUAUUCCUCGUGUUGGAGAUUUUAAUGAAUCUACUUACUACUUUGAAGGCAACACUGGUCACCCGGUGUUUGAUACAAAAUAUGGCAAAAUAGCUAUUAACAUUUGUUAUGGGCGUCACCACCCACUUAACUGGCUCAUGUUUGGAGUCAAUGGAGCUGAAAUUGUGUUCAACCCUUCAGCUACUGUAGCAGGUUUGAGUGAGCACUUAUGGGCUGUUGAAGCCAGGAAUGCUGCUAUAGCCAACAGCUAUUUUACAUUUGCUAUCAAUAGAGUGGGAACUGAAUCAUUCCCUAACGAAUUUACUUCUGGAGAUGGCAAGCCAGCCCACAAAGAGUUCGGUCAUUUCUAUGGAUCGAGCUACUGCACUGCUCCUGAUGGUGCCAGAACUCCAUCUUUAUCCAGAGUAAAAGAUGGCUUGCUGAUAAGCCAAAUAGAUCUUAAUUUAUGUAGACAGAUCAAAGAUAAAUGGGGCUUUACAAUGACCCAGCGCCUUGAUUUGUAUGCUGAUAGUCUCAACAAAGCUGUCAAGCAUGAUUUUGUACCUCAAGUUGUUUCCAAUAGCUAG